CCCUCCCAGGAAAAGUCUGCGCGGCCAGCACCGCCCCCAAUCUUUACACACAGGGAACGCUUUUUUAAAUAAUAUAUUUUAGGAAGAAGUUGUUCCUCUUGAACCUAAUCUGCAGAGAUAACGCUGGAUUACUUUUUGCGAAAGACAAUGUCUUCUAAGCAGCGUAAAUGUAUUUUUGGCUGCAAGAAAGUCAGGACUUUGUUCAAACUUCCCAAAGAAGAGCCUACUCGUCAGAAAUGGUUGGAGUUUAUCUUCGCGAGCACACAACAGACCCACCACAGUCCUUUAGUCUGUGAUUACCAUUUCACAAAUGACUGCUGGCUUAAUUUUGGCCAGUAUGAAAGUGGAUUGUCCGGGAGACUCGUCCUCAGAGUUGGCGCCAUUCCUACAAUUGAACCUAAUGAAGACUUCAGAUCCCACGAGGAGCACAUGUCCAGAAUGUUCGAUGAGGUGAUGGGGCUGGGAGAAUUUGCGGACUCCUCCAGUGGCUCCGUUUCCUCCUCCAAAAGCGGUGGUCAGAAUGAGCAAAAAGAACUGGAUGAAACUUCAGGACAAGAUCAAAACCCACUGAUGGAAGAAGACAGCACCUGCAGCAAACCAGAAGAAGAAAAGGUGGAGGAGGAGAUGGAGGAGGAAGUGGAAGACUCGAGCAUUUCUAAUCUUGCUGCUCCAUCCUCAUCUUCCAACAAACUUUCCCCGUUUAAAAUGGUGACCAGCAAAAGCGGAUCUGGAGGCAGUGGGGGCGCUGCGUCUGACGAUGCACUGGAUGGUCUUCCUGCAUUUGAGCCGGAGGACGAGGAUGAAGAAGACUGGCAUUAUGCCCUGCCACUGGGAACCGUGGAGGAUGCUGACAAGGCUAACUCAAAAACAAGCCAACGCGCCCAGGAGAACACCUCCACCUCAAAAGAUUCUACUCCUCAGAAACCUGGAGAGGAUGAGGAGGCUGAACGAGAAAGAGAAGCCAGUCAGGGGUCUGCUAACACGUCUCACUCCUCCCAGGACAACACGCCAGACAACGGCAGAGAUGAGGGUGUUUUAAACCAGACAGAGGAAACUGAGGACAGCCAACAGGAAGCAACACCAGAGGCUCCAGUGGAGGGUAGUAAUCCCCCAGCUUCUCCUGGAAUCACCAUUAAAGACGAGCCUAUUGAUGAAGGCUACGAUGCUGCUUUGGUGCCUCAGAGUUCUACCAAACAGAUUAAGGAGGAGCUGGACCAACAAGAGGAAGAGCUAAGAAUCAGCUCCGUCUACUCUGUAGGAGGAGUGAACACCUUCGCAUCCAAUACAAUUCCAGCAGCCGUCUCAGCUCCAGCUCAGACUACCAUCUUCAUCCCUGGAAGAGGAGCGGUCCUCCAGGCUAUGGCUUCCCUUCCCGUCAGGCAGCCGGCUCCAGUCACACGCCCGAUUCCCACUCUGACCAUGAUACCACAACGUCCACCUCCACCUCAGAUGGCUGGAAGCGUUCGCUGCAGCGGCUGCUCCAAGGUUUUGCUGAAAGGCCAAACAGCAUUCCAGAGGAAAGGAUCAACACAGCUUUUCUGCUCCACAGUCUGUCUAACAGGUCACCUUCCUCCAGCUAAGAAUCGAAACUGCUUCCAAUGCAACAGGGAAAUUACUCAACCGAGGGACAUGAUCACAAUCCCAGCAGAAGAUGGCACAUUGAUAUCCUUCUGUGGCCAGUUCUGUCUGUCUGUCUUCAGACAUAGAAGGAAAACCAUUGAUAAGAUUCCUGAAAAAUGGAUGGACAAACGGGUGGAGAAGAAGCCAGAGAAGCCACCUGAGAAACCCAUGGAACGCCUGCCCGAAAAACUGUUCUGUAGUGUCUGCAAAGUCAGCAAUAGACAAAUUGAGCAUGAGGUCACCCAUCAAGGAAGACUGCACAGACUUUGUAGCGAUGCCUGCUUUGUGACCUGGCGUAAGCUGCGGCAGUUAUCGAUGAACUGCUGCGAAGGCUGCGGGCUUUACUGCAACAGCAACUCUGGUUCCAGUCAUACGCUCCUCAUCGAGAGAUCUCACCUCAACUUCUGCAGUCCAACUUGCAUCGGCACCUACAUACAAACCUGCAAAAAGACGACGGAGUGCGGCAACUGUCGCAAGAUUACAAUAGUGUCCACUACCAUAAUGGAACGAGACCAAAAGGGCAAAAUUCAGCUUUACUGCUCUCGUGACUGUGUGGAGGACAGUCGACCUCAGCUGCAAACUCUUGUUGGCGCUCCAUUCCCAUGCAGUCUUUGCAAAGUGUCAGCUGUUCCUCAGUAUCAUCUGGCCUUGUUGGACGGCACCAUCCGAAACUUCUGCUCCUACAACUGUGUGACAACGUACAGGAAGUCCGGUCCCCCCUCCCAGCCAGACCUGAUCAAUGGAACCUCCUCUUCAAAGGACCCCCUCCCCAAAGACCCCUCCAAACAGGGGUCCUCCGCUGUGGCCAGCUCUGUCCCUCCCACUCCCCAAGAUCACUCCUCUUCAGUCCCAUUCCCGGGUCAUCAUCUCAGCCACUCUUCAGUGCCUCCACUAGUGCCUCCCCCCUCUUCCGUGUCCUCCCCCAUUCUCUCAGGGCAAGCCCAGGCCAACUCCCCUUCAGCUCAGCUCCCAAAGCUGGCAGAGGGAGGGGCCAAAGAUCCUAUCAAGCUCACCUGCCAUCAGUGCAACAAACACUUCAACACCAAACCCCUGCUGUUCAGUCACCAGGGCCGCAUUUCUCUGCUGUGCAGUGUUGCCUGUUCUGAAAAGUAUAAAACAGAGAAAAACAUCCUUGUGGUGUGUGAGGGCUGCAAGCAGGAGAAGGGGCUUUUUGACUCCAUCACCUACAACCAGGAGGAGCUUUUCUUCUGUAGUGAAAACUGUAAGGUUCUCUUCAAGCACGACUUGACUUUACGUAAUAAGGAUCUCACCUGGCAUUCCUGCUCCUACUGCUCUGGUUUUGGCUCAAAGAUGCUUCACAGCCACUACGGAGGCAAAAUCGAGCAGUUCUGCAAACCUCACUGCAUGUCUCAGUACACAGUCCUGCAUUACGGGAUGAGUCGAUGCGACAGCUGUAGGAAGCAGGGCUAUUUGAACGAGAAGCUGCAGUGUUUGGGUUCGGUCCGCAACUUCUGCAACAUGUGCUGCUUGCUGCAUUACUGCUUCCUUCACUUUGAGAUGAGCCAACACGCUAACAGCAACGGCACAGGAACCGCCCCACAAACGCCAUGCACUCUGACUCAGCCUCACCACUCCUCAAAGAUGAAUCCUGUCAUAGCUGACGUCGUCUCAUUGGCUAACGGCUCCGCCACUCAGCCCAGCUUGUCUACAGAUACUGCCAUGACGGGAGCACUUCCAACCUCCAGCACAGAUGGCAAGAACCUGGAUCACGCCAGUACCCAGACCGACGCCAUGCGGCCGCCGGCACACCGCCGCCGUCAGAUGAAGAACAAGUCGGUUCUGUGUCGACCCUUCACUGUGGACCAAGAAAGCAUGUGCCAGCUGCCUGAAACUUCCUCUGAAUCUGGAGAUGUAGAGGAGAAGGUGAAGGUGGUAAUGGUGCCUGUACCAGUGCCGGUCUACAUUCCAGUGCCUGUGAACAUGUACUCCCAGCACAUGCCCGUUCCACUGGUCAUCCCAAUGCCUAUUCCCGUCCCAGUCGUGGUGCCGCCACAGACCAAGGACAUGACAGAUGCAGCUGUGCAGUCAGAGGUUUUCAAUGCAGAUAAUGAGAAGCAGGAAAAGGAAUUUGCUUCCUGUGCAGUCCAGAGUGAUGCCUCUUCUUUUGAAGACUUGAAGUCGAAAGCGGUUGAUCCUACAACCCGUGACCUUGAGCGGACUCACAAAGCAGUUCAAGUCGACCUGCUUCUUCCCACUCCCUCGGACAAGAGCUCAGACUCAACCGAGUCGCAGCCUGACAGCCAAUCAGAGACGAGCGCGGCAAAGAGUGACUCCUCUGCCCCCGAUCCCAAAACCGAAGCCCCCUCCUCUUCACUGAUGGACCUAGAAACUGACUUUCCACUUGAACCGUUGGAGCAGAAGCCGCCUGUUCUUCAGCGAGGAGUGAAGAGACCCAGAGAGGGUUCCUUCAGCCGCAAACGGGGUCGCAGGCGGACUGUUUUAGCAGAGAGUCCUUCAUCUGCUCCCGCCACCUUCACACUCAACCACGUGUACGGACUCAAAGCCUGGAAGAACUGGGUCGAACAGCGCAAGCAGCAGCCUCAAGAAUCCUCUCCGCUGGAGUUGAAAGAAGACAUCCUGCAGUACAACUCUGCAGAGCUGAGCUGUGCUCUGUCUCGCUUCAUCAAAGAACUACGGCGGCCAAACGGAGACACCUACAGUCCGGACAGUAUCUUCUACCUCUGUUUAGGAAUACAACAGUAUAUUUUCCUGAAGGGGCGUAUUGAGAACAUUUUUACAGAUGAGCUGUACGGUCAGUUUGCCAGUGAAAUCAGCUCAAUGCUUCAACUCUGGAAGCCGAGGCUGCUGCCAAAUGGUGGUGUUGUUCCCUCCAGAGUGGAGGAGUCUUUUCUGUGGGAGUGUAAGCAGCUGGGUGCAUACUCUCCUAUUGUGCUGCUCAACACACUUCUGUUCUUCUGCACCAAAAAGUUCCACCUGACCACCGUGGAGCAACACCAGCACUUGUCUUUCUCAAACUUCACCCGGCGCUCCAAAAUCUGCAGUCGUGCUGGAAAAGUGUGUUACCUCCACUACAGGAGAAGCCCCGAUCAAACAGAUCUCAUCAAAAAACAGCGGCUGGUGAAGGAGGAAGACCUGGAAAUGUUAGAAAAUGUCACCUACCCCUUGCACUGUCCGGUGCGGCUCUACGAGUUCUACCUGUCCAGAUGCAGCCCAGAAUCUGUGAGGGAUCGACCAGAUGUUUUUUACCUGCAGCCUGAGAAGAACGUUCACACAGACAGCUGCCAUUGGUACAGUUCUGAACCCCUGGAUGCUGCUACUCUACAGAGCAUGCUCACUCGGAUCUUGGCUGUGAGGGAGGUUCAGCAGGAGCUGGAAGCAGCUCGGCUUCAGAGCUCCACAGAGGGGGACGCUGAAUAACUCCCACCGCACCUCCAGACCUCGCUGUGAAAGAAAAAAAAAAUCUUUGGAAAAGCAGGCGAGACGAGACUCAAUAAACGCAUAGAGGAAACAG